GCUGUGGAGACUCUGAAAACUUUUGAGAAAAAGGACAGUCGGGUCAAGAGUGCAGCAGCCACUAAUCUCUCCGGCCUCUACUUCCUGGAGAAGGACUUUGAGCAGGCUGAUCGCUAUGCUGAUCUGGCCAUGAGCGCGGACCGUUACAACCCCGCUGCUCUCACCAACAAGGGCAACACUGUGUACGUCCAGCAUGAUUAUGAGAAGGCUGCCGAGUUCUACAAAGAAGCCCUACGGAACGACGACUCCUCCUGCACAGAGGCCCUCUACAACCUGGGUCUGACCUAUAAGAGGCUAAACCGACUAAAGGAGGCUCUGGACUGCUUCCACAAGCUCCACGCCAUUCUAAGGAACUGUCCACAGGUCAUGUACCAGCUUGCCUCUCUUUAUGAGCUGGUGGAGGAACGUCCCCAUGCAAUGGACUGGCUCAUGCAGGUGCUCACUGUGGUGCCCACAGACGCCAAAGUCCUGGCUAAACUGGGCGAGCUGCUCGACUGUGAAGGAGACAAGUCUCAGGCCUACCACUACUACUAUGAGUCUUACAGGUACUUUCCGUCCAACAUCGAUGUGAUCGAGUGGCUGGCAGCUUAUCACAUAGAGACGCAUUUCUUUGAGAAGGCCAUUCCAUACUUUGAAAGAGCCAUGCUAAUACAACCAACAGAAGUCAAAUGGCAGCUCAUGGUCGCAAGUUGCUUCAGAAGAAGUGGAAACUACCAGAAAUCCUUGGAAACGUAUAAAAAAAUCCACAGCAGGUUUCCAGAAAAUGUGGACUGCCUGCGCUUCCUGGUGAGGCUGUGCACUGACAGGGGUCUGGCAGAUGCUCAGGAGUAUGCUGGAAAACUCAAGAAGCUGGUGAAGAUGAAGGAGCUCCGGAAACAGAGGGUGAAGUCAGGACAUGAAGGCAGUGCCAAAAACCGGAGAGAGGGCAGUGCUGGGAGCACAGAGGACAUAAAGACAGACAGUGGACACAGCAGCAGCAGCCGAGGAGAGCGCCUGAGCUCCAGACUUCGCUCACUGCCUGGGAACCACGAGCCCUAUGAGACCAGCAAUCCCAAGGAACUGGAUGCAUCCUAUGUGGACCCCCUGGGACCACAGGUGGAUAGGCCCAAGACUGGAGCCAAGAAGCGUCAGGAGGAGGACUUUGAGGACGAGGAACUGGGGGACGAGCUGCUGCCUGAGUAGUCCCUGUCCACAGCAUAGAUCACAAGUGCUCUCACCUGUAUUUCUACCUCAUUUGGUUUCCUGUAGUUUUUUUUUUUGUUUUUCUUUUUGGGGGGGGGGCAUUAUUUUCAUUAUUUUCCACAAUAAAAGUGGUUUCUUUCUUUUUUGUUUUGCUUCUUCUUUUGCUCUUCGCAGCAAUUGCAGCUUCUAGUGUUGAAGUUUGAAGUAAAGUGAUGAGCGCCCUCUGUGUCAGUAAUUCUAAACAGAACAAGGGAAACAUAUUCUUCCUGAUUCAGUCAAUGCCUUACCCCCUCCUCCUCACUCACCCAUCCCUCUCCCUCACCUCUUCUUUACCUCUCCUCCCUCGUCUUUGUGACCUCUCUUCCUCCUUCACCUCUUCCUCACCCUCACUCCCAUAUCUCACUUGUUCUGUCUCAUGACACCCCACACCCGUUCCCCCUCUCCACCGUCACUCACCCAUCCUUCCCUCCUCUUUUACUACUUCCUCCCUUCCUCUCCUCUUUCUUCUCCUUACCGUUCUCCCUCCCCGCUCCGUUCCUCACCCUGUCGUGGCUAGUGUUAUUCGAAUGGUCCAGCCCACGUCUCACGGAAAUGUCCCGUUAUACCUUCGGCUCAGAAGGAGCUGCGUGGCCCGUUUCCCAGCGAGACUUCAC